ACAAUGUAGUAUUGUAGCUGCAGCAGCACAAAACAUAAGACUAGAGCUUGAAGCAGAUGAUUAACUUUUUAUGAUUUCAUCCAAUUCAUCAGUGUACUUUCUUUUCUCUUUGGCACCUCAUCUUGCUUGCUAACUAUAACUACCCAUUGCCUCCUUUCUCAAGUAUUCUGAUAUUCCUCAACCCAUAAAUUAAUCCACUCUUUCCUUGUCUAGCACAAGAAAGCUCUGAUUCUUGUCACUUUUUGUAUAUAUACUAAAUGAAAUCCAGGAAGGCAAGAAAAAGAUAUCUUCUUCUUUACAAGUACCAUCUUCUUACAGCUUCGCCAGUUUUGGAAAUCCCAGAUUUUCUGCCAAUUUCUUAACAAAAGAGAGCUUCCAACUCGGAAUUUAUACGUUGUGGGGAAGAUGGGUGCCAAAUUUCACCUGUACUUGGUGUUCUUUGUCCUGUGUCAAUUCCUAAAGUCAGGUUCAAGCAUCGUAGAGAACUCUCCUUCAGAAGCAGUUUGGCAAAAUGGGCAAUGGAUUUCAGUUAAUCAAUCAUUUGAAGAUUCUUCAGAGUACACUGCCCAACUAGAUACUAUUCCAAUCAUUAACCCAACAACACCCACAACGACGCCUGCAAUAAAUCCGACACCAACCACAACGACUCCUACAUUUAACCCCAUGCCACCAACUGUGACUACAGCCCCAACAACUCCAACCACAACCCCGACCACAGCCAAUCCUGCAUCCUCCGGUGGAUCUUGGUGUAUUGCAAAUCCAAGUGCUUCUGAAACUGCAUUACAAGUAGCUCUUGACUAUGCUUGUGGUUAUGGAGGUGCAGAUUGUUCUGCACUUCAACCAGGUGCAACUUGUUACAAUCCAAACACCCUUCGUGAUCAUGCUUCAUAUGCAUUUAACGACUAUUACCAGAAAAACCCAGUACCGACAAGCUGUGUUUUUGGAGGAUCUGCACAACUUACCUACACUGAUCCAAGUUCUGGAAGUUGUCGUUUCUCAACACCAAAGACCACUUCAAGCAUGAGUCCGCCAGUCAUUCCUUCACCAAUCUAUCCAACUCCUACGUCUCCUAGUGCACCAACUGGAUAUGACUCGAUGCCUAGCCCACCAACAUUUGAUAAUACAGAUCCAACAGGCUUCGGUGGAGAGCCAACAGAAUCUCCAAACUCAGCAGAUUUCACAUCAUUAAACACGUUGUUGCUGUUCAUGAUGACCUAUCUGGUAAUGUCAGUGAUAGCAGUAGAGUUCUAAGCAGAAGAAGAUGACGCUUAGUUACUCCACUACCUGACUGGAAAAUUACCCAGCCGCCUGCAGCACUUGACAAAGUUCCAUGGGGUCAUCAGUCAAUGAACAAUGAGAUAUACAUCUCAAGCCCAUUCCUUGCAUCAUCAUUGUAUUUUUCAUAAUUUAUGGCUUUUUUAGUUAGAUUAGAAACCAGAUAAAGCGAAGAGCAUAGUAAUUCACAGGAUUCAUUAUAGC